AGCGAUGUCUAUAUUAUGUAUAGAGAUGUAUAUGGAAUUUUAGUGUGCGUAAACAGAUGCUACAUCUUAUAUAUUUCUAAGUGCCACAGUUUUCCGUACACAAUUAUUCACUGCCAAAAGUUAAGCUUGGAAAAUAAACCAUGUUAAAAUUGUUUGUUAUAAUAUCUGCGCUCAUUGCUGGUUCUUCGUCAGAAUUCUGCCACUCGGGAAGCAAAAAAAUCUGCCAGGGUGCUUAUAAAGCAUACCCUGAAAAAAAAUCAGAAACCAUAUUGUGCAAGCGUAUGGAAAUGCUGGAGCACUGUUUUCGCAAAAUAUCCACGAGGUGCAGCUCAUACUAUCAUCAAUUAAUUGAGAAAAUGUGCAUUCAUAAAAAAUCAGCAGCAGAAAAUUUGUUAGCAAAGUACAUUACGAUCCCAAGUUGCAUGUGUCUGGUAUUUUUAACCCCGCAUGGUUUGAUGGAAUUAAGAUUCAUCUAAUAACAAUAUUUAAAGACUAAAAAUAAAAUAGAUCAUAUUA